AUAACAUAUGUAAAUGGAAGAAUGAUCCAUGUCUUUUCAUCAACAAACAUUUAAGUCCUGAAGAAAAACGAUUGAUUUCUGAACUUGGACCGUGUCAACCAUUAGCAGAUGAAUUAUUUGGUUAUCAAUUUCCAAAUAAUAUCAAUGGGAGGCAUUUUAAUGAACAGUGGUAUUUCAGAGUGCUACCUGACGGCAAAAAAAUUGUUAGAGAUUGGUUAUCUUACUCGCCGAAAUUAAAUAAGGCCUUCUGCUUGCCUUGUAUACUUUUUGGUUCAGAUAAAAAUAUUUCGUCAAGAAUGUCCUGGGCAGUAAAUGGUUAUGAUUGUUGGCAAAAUGGUCGCAAUAAUAUUAGUGCUCAUGAAUUAACUACAUCACAUAUCAAUUCAUCUGUCGUAUUAAAAAUUCAAAAAAUUACUUUACCAAUUUUACCAUCUUUAGAGUAUGGCAGAAGAUUGGAAAUAGCAACUAACCAAAAAAUUGUUUCGGAACUUAUUAAUAUUGUUAUUUUUUUAGCACAACACAAUAUUGCAUUUCGUGGAAACAAAGAAAAUUGGUCAUCUAACAUUAAAGGAAACUUCAAAGAUCUAGUUAUUCUUAUGGCAUCUCUAUCUCCUAUUUUGUCAUCUCAUCUGUCUCUAGUCAAGUCUAAAGGUAAAAAAGCAACUUCCUUUAUUACUUGGGAACGCCAAAAUCAAUUGAUUGACUGUAUUAGUCAAUCUAUUAAAUGCACCAUAAAUAAAGGAAUAUCUGAAGCAUCAUUUUUCAGUAUUUCUAUUGAUUCGACGUUUGAUGCAUCUCGAACCGAACAAAUUUCUUUUAUAGCAAG